UAAAUAAUCAUACUGUCUCGGAGUGUGGGUCCGACUCAUCUACGGCAGAGAUGUAACCCUAACGGUCAAGCAAACUUGAGAGAAAUUGCUCUGCUCGAAUCAGAACCAGUGUAUUUCUCAUAGAAACACCAAUGGCGGAGCCAACAGCAUCGUCACCAAAAGAAAAAGAUGUAAAGGCACCGAAUAUGAUUGAGAGAGCUAAGGAAGAGAGUGAAGCAAUCAUUCACACUAAAAAAUCGCCACACCAUCACAAGGAAACACAUGGAAGGAGUGAUGACAUUGAUGAGAACACCCGGAUAGAUGAUGUCAAAGGCCCCAAUGUGUUUGAACGAGUGAAGGAAGAGAUCGAGGCCCUUGUUGAAGCAAUUCAUCCUAAGAAAGAAUCCAAAAAUGAUGAGCCAUCUCAGAAGUGAAAGGUGGGUCGAGCUUCUGUCACGAGAUGUUUGAAAAAUAUACUGUCGAUGUGAUUAGAAAGGAGAAGCUAUUAUCGAAUGGUGUAUAAUUUCUUUGGUUUCUAUGUCUGUGUGUAACUUAACCUGUCAUGGUCGAAUGUUAUCUGGUUAUUCUAUUGCUCACUUUGACUACUGAAAUCAUUUUGUUCCUUUUC